CCCCUUCCCCCAGAUUUCCUCGAGUCACCUGAUCCUUUCUAACCUCACUUCCGCAUAAUUUAUUAAACUUUGCCCUUAAACUACGUACUGAACACCAACAUGAGUGACCCUAAGAAAGAAUCAACCCCUAAAGACGACAAAGUUGACGCCGAGCUUUCCAACCUACUAGAAGUAAGUCAUGUAGUUCCUCUAUUGCAUAACCACCCCCUUCUCCCAGGUGCUCUGCAAGACUUCAUCAAAGACUCGUCGAAAGAGGCGAAACCCGACCCCACUAAAGACGAGCUACCCGACGAGGCCUCCGUAGAAUGGACCGAAGACUUCAUCAAACAAGCUGCCUCUCAGUUCGAGCAAAACUUGGCAACUUUUCUCGGUUCUUCGUCCGACGGAACGCAGUUAACCAAUGAGCAGCUGCAGCAGAAGUUCCAGCAGAUGGCCGAAGCCGCGCAACAAGUAAUCGAGAACCCCAAUAUUACAGAGAAUUCGAACGAUUUUGCGUCUACGAUCUCGCAAACUAUUCAGGGGUUGAACGCGGGGGCGGAAGGCUUGCAGAACCCGUUUUCGGAGCAGGAUAUGAUGAAUUUAUUCGGGAGGCAAGGGGACCAAAAUGCUUUUUUACCGUUUAUGCAAGGGAUGAUGCAGAGUUUGUUGUCGAAGGAUGUGUUGUAUCCGAGUUUGAAGGAUAUUUUAGAUAAGUUUCCCGAGUGGCUGAGGACUAAUAAGGAUAGUUUGAGUAGGGAGGAUGCGGAGAGGUUUGAGAAUCAGAAGAAGUUGAUGGAGGAGGUUUGUGCCGAGUUGGAGAAGGAGAAAGAGACGCAUAGUGAAGAACAGAAGAAGGAGAGGUUUGAGAAGGUGUUAGGGUUGAUGCAAAAGUUGCAGGAUUAUGGACAGCCACCGACUGAUUUAGUGGGGGAUGUGGGGCCACCGUUACCUCUAGAUGUGCAAAAUAGUGCCGAUCCUAACCAAUGCAGUGUGAUGUAAUAGCGGAUUAAUCAUAGUCUUAUUGUUUAAUGUUUGUUGUUAUUUAUAAUGAUUCGGUUAAAAAAUGGGAACAUUUUUACUACUGCUGGGUGUAA